AUGUCGCCCUUAGGUGCUAUCCCAGGGGUGUCAGUGCCCUCAGGGGCUAUCCCUGGGGUGUCGGUGCCCCCAGGGACCAUGCCAAGGGUGGCGGCACACCCAGGGGCCCUGCCAGAAGCGGUGGCGCAAACAGGGGCUUUACCAGGUGCGGUGGCACCCAGAGGGGCUCUCCUUGAGGCACCGGUGCCCCCAUGGGACCUCUCAGGUGUGGUAACACCCCCAGGGGCCCACGAAGGGGAAACAUCGCCCCCAGGGGCCCGCCAAGGGGUAACGUCGCACCUAGGAGCUUUUCUUAGGGGAAGCGAUGCCCCCAGGGGAUCUUGCAGAAGCAGUGGCGCCCCAAGGGGCGGCUAA